CAUUAUUCAUUAUGUUAAUAUGUAAAAAUAUAAAAAUAAGUGAUUAAAAAUAUUUCUCAAAAUUCAAUAAUAGUUGUUGUGAAUUAUCUUUAUUAAUUAUGUUAUUUAGGUUAUUAUGUUAUGGAAUUUAAACGUCAUUAAGGAUUGUGUACAUAUUUUCAUUAUUGAACAUAAUUAUAAAUAUGAAAAUUCAUUACAUAUAUAUCGAUUUGUGUUAAAUGUAAAAAGAAGUGUGCAUCUAAUUAUCAUUUGCUAUUAAUAAAAUCUUUAUCUUGAAUUAUAUUUUAUUAAUGUACAUAUUUAAUGACUGAAAUAAUAUAAUUAUUAGUGACUAUAUAGAGCAACAGAAAAAAAAUGUCAUUUGUGAAUGAUAUUAAUAUUUAUAAAAAGAUGGUUUCUGAAGAUGUACAAAAAUCAUGUACAGUAAAUGAAACUGCAACAGAAUUUAUGGUUUUGCCUAAAUAUGAACAUACAGAGGAAACACUAGUUGUUGGUGAAGAAAUAAUUGUAGAUGAAAAUAUAAAUCAAAAAAUUUCAGAAGAAGUUAUUUGUAAACAGAAAAAUACUUCUAAAUAUUUUGAAGAAAGUAUAGAUACAACAAUGUCUGUAAAAUAUACAGAAGAUUCUAUACCAUUAUCUACAUUAGAUACAUCCAGACGGAAAUGGAUUCCUAAUGACAUCAAUAAAGAAGAUUUAUUGUUAUCAGAAUCAGAAGAAAGUGAAACUGAAAUGUAUAUUAAAGUAAUAAAUGAUGAUCAAGAUGGAGAUGAAGAAACAAUAGCUACAUUUGUAACUGCUGCUGGUCAACAAUUAGCAUUAUAUGCAGUUGAAGAUUCAGAAGAAAUUUUUGCUGUAGCAGUUUAUGAUGAAUCUGGUGAACCUCCAACAAAUUUUCAAUUUCUAAUGAAAGCGGAUGUUGAAAGAUUAAUAGGUGAAGGUGCAGUUAGAACUGUCAAAAAACCAACACAGAUAAGAAAACAUUUAUUAACUACUCAAUCACCGAUAUUUUUUCCUAAAAAUGAAUCGACAGAUGAUAUAUUAAUGGAUAAUGAAAAUAAAAUCGUAACAAAUGAAAAUGGAAAAAAAAAAAGAAAAGAUAUAUUGGAAGAAAAUUCAACUUUAAUGAAAGAUUCUAAUUUAAAUUUACAUAAAAAACGAGUUCCUAAUGUUAUAUAUGCAACAAAUGAAAAGCAGUCAGAUGUAACAUAUUUAAUGAUGGGUGAUUGUUCUGUAAAUAUAGAUAAUUCUCAAGAGUGUCAAGAAGAUGAUAAAAGUGAUGGUGAAUUUAUACAACAGUCAACUGUACAAUAUAUUUUAUUUGAAGGUGAUCAAUCUGAUUCCGAACUAACAUUUGAUGAAAUUCAUGAAACUCUUCAAAAUUUGAAAUCAAAUGCAAUGAAAAAGCAAGUAAAUAAAAAAAUCAUUAGAGAUCAAAAUAAUAUUGGAAAUAUUAAAGAAACUGAAUAUGAAACUUCAAUGUAUCAAAAUUCUAAUGGAUCUAAUAGAAUAUCUAAUAAUUUAACAAAAAGAAAAUUAAUAUUAGAUAGCCAACAAGAAUUAUUAGAGACAUUAACAGAUUCAUCAACAGAUUUAAUAUCAUGUAGUACAAAUUUAGAUAUAUCAAAUGGUUCGAUUGAAUAUACAUCACCUGAAUCGUCACAAAUACAGUAUAAAACUAAGCGAUCUCGAAAACAACAAUUGAUUUCUGUAAAUCGUGAAGAUUCGGAAAUUAUUAUACAACCAGCAUCUCUUUUAACUGAAGAAGACAAUAAUAUUAGAAAAAGAGUAAAACGAAGCAAAAGAGUUGUAGCUCAUCCUAAUUAUCAUCAAAGAAAUAAUGACUCAAAAAGAAUGAAAAAAAUUAAACGAAAAGAAGUGGAAAUUAUUGAAAUUGAUAUUGAUGAAGAAGAAAAUAUUUUGCAAUCACAACAGGAUGUUGUUGAAAUAACUAUAGAUGAUAGUAAAGAUAAAUAUUCUAGUGAUAAAGAAAAUGAAAUUAUUAUGGUUGGAGAUUCCGAUGAUGAAUCACAGUCAAAUUCAAAAACAAUUUUAUUACAAUGUCAAUAUUGUUCAAGAAAUUUUAGACAACAAAGAGCUCUAGAAACACAUUUGCGAGUUUGUUCAAAAUCACCAGCUAAUACUAUACGAUUUAAUGAACAAAAUUUAAAACAAGAAAAUGAUACAAUUGAAAAUACUAUUAAAAAACAAUAUGCUUGUAAAAUAUGUCAACAAAAGUUCGAUGUAGUAGUAGCAUUAGCACGUCAUGUACGUUCAGAACAUUCUCAAAGAAAAAAACGUAAGUUCAGUAAAUUAUCAGUUGAACGAUCAACUGAAAUUAAAGAAAAGAAAGAGCAUACUGAAUCAAAAAAACAAAUAAGUAUAAUUAAAAGAAAAAAAAAAAGAAAUCAACGACCAAAUUAUACAUGGGGUAAAAAAUUAAGCUGUUCUGACUGCGGUAGAUGGUUUCCUAGUGCUGCCUUGUUAAGAGCACAUUGUUUACAGCAUGGUACAAAAAAAUCUGAACAACAAAUUCGCAGAUGUCAAAUAUGUAAGAAAAUAAUUAGAUCUAGAUUACUUUUUGUACAACAUUUGAAGAAACAUAGAAAUUUACAAAAAAAUACAAAAUCUGUGUCAAAUAUUCAAAAAAAGUUACAUACUACUAGGUCAGUGACAAGUAAAAUUACAACGCUCAGAAAACGGGGCCGCUCACGAAAAUUUUGAUCUCUUCAGAUAUCAAAACUUAUAGAAAUUGGUGAUAUAUGACAAAUAUUGUUGCUAUUUCUUCUAAUGUGAAAUAUGUAUAAUAUAAUGUUCUUACUUCCAAUAAAAAUUGGAAAUAUUUAUA